AUUUGUUAAGAGAGGCAGAGGCUGCAGCACUCUGAGAAAAGUAGAAUAGUAGAAUGGUAGAAUGGGACCCGAAGAUCAGGCGAACGAGCUUCCUCAAGUGUUGGUUCUAGGUCCGCCUCCGGUAUUCCCAUAUCUGGAAUCCCAAUUCCCAAACAGAUUCCAUUUCCUAAAACCAUGGCUUUCCAAUCUCCCUCUAACCCAAUUCCUUAUCUCUUAUGCCCAAUCCGCCACAGCCUUGCUUAUCCGAGGCGGUGGAACUGUCCAACUCACAUCCGCCAUUCUCGACUGCCUGCCCUCGCUCCAGCUCGUGGUCACUGCCAGCGUCGGUGUCGAUCACUUGGAUUUGCCGGAAUUACGCCGGCGUGGGUUGGCUAUUGCCUAUGCAGGAAAUGUGUUCUCUGAAGAUGUCGCCGAUAUGGCGAUUGGAUUACUAAUCGACGUUAUUAGGAAAGUAUCGGCGGGAGAUCGGUUCGUGAGGCAAGGGCUUCGGUCAACGAAAGGGGAUUUUCCUCUCGGAUUAAAGUUGAGCAGCAAGCGAAUUGGAAUCGUUGGAUUGGGGCAAAUAGGCUCUGAAGUUGCCAAAAGGCUGGAGGGUUUUGGCUGCAAAAUCUCAUAUUACUCGAGGAUCAAAAAGUCAAUGGCUCCAUAUUCCUACUAUUCCAAUGUAUAUGAACUUGCAGCCAACUGUGAAGUACUCAUAAUUUGUUGUGCGUUGACUGAGGAAACCCACCAUAUAAUCAACAGGGAGGUGAUGGUUGCAUUAGGAAAAGAUGGAGUGAUUGUCAAUAUUGGUCGUGGUGCGAUCAUCAACGAGAAGGAGAUGAUUCGGUGUUUGAUUGAAGGGGAGAUUGGUGGAGCUGGGCUGGAUGUGUUUGAGAAUGAACCCAGAAUUCCUGAAGAGCUCUUUCAUCUUGAUAAUGUUGUAUUGACACCGCAUGUUGCUGUCGGAACAUAUGAAUCUCGAAUGGAAUUGUCUAAGUUGAUGGUGGAGAACUUAGAGACAUUCUUCUCAAACAAAUCUCUUGUGUCUCCCUUUGUGGAUUAAUUAUGGUGCAGUUUUCGGCUGAGGGAGGUUGGUUUCUUGACAAAAAGGAGACUCCUAAAACUUGACAACAAAGCCACGCUGAUGUAUUGGUGUAUUUGACCAUUUCUUUUAGCUCAUCAAUACAAGGAUUCAAACUUCUCCUUUUGGUCAAGAGUA